AUGGGCAAGAAACAGGGGGGAGACAGAGUGUGGGUUGAUUUCGAGCACUUGUAUCAUUUCUACCAACAGGUUGCUCUCGACGUCUCAAUUAUGACCUUGUGGACUGUAAUGGAGUCACACAAAUGUAGACGAUGUGGGAUUAACAAUAUAGGCUUCUUGGACCCUAGCACCGUACAUGAGAACACAGUCAAUUUACCAAGUACCGUUAACUACUUGUACAAAGCUUUCCUCUCCAUGCAGGAUAAAAGAUCCAUACUUCUUUCAUACAAUUGCUUUUAUCAUCAUGUCCUACUCGAUAUCAGCCUUAGCGAUAGUCGAAUCGAGGUUUCUGACUCACAAAAGAGGCCAUUAUCACUAAUCCAGCCCGUCAUUGAUGUCCUCAACAAGGCCUUCGCUAACUACCGUAAGAAAAGCAAAAUCCAUAGACCUUUUUGGGGAGACUUCACUGUAGAAGAGGCUAAAUACAUCCUCAAGCAGCCUCCGGGCAACGAUCACUGUGGGUUCUAUGUAAUGCAUUACAUGCACUGCUACACCGGCGAUUGCAGAAGCGCCGAAAUGAACACUGAGUUGGAUUCAGGUGAAUUGCGCAUGGGCGAGCUAGUAGCACUUCAAGAAGAACUAGCCGGAUGGCUUGUGGACUACGUGGUGAAGUCAGGAUCUGAGUAUAGCAUAAUCUAG